AUUAAAAAUGAUGUUGGUUCAAGUUUUAUUAGGAGUUACUUUAACUAUAUAUCUUGUUCACGGUAGCCAAAUUGACUACAUAAAUAGUUUUGGUACUACAUGGAAGGCUGGUAAAAACUUUGAAAAAGGCUCUGAACCUGCGCUAGGUCUGGCACCCGGUUAUGAGCCACUACCACCAAGCAUUACUUAUGAUAUUGCUGAUAAGGACAUACCAGAGAACUUUGAUGCCCGGGUACAAUGGCCCGCUUGUUACACCAUUAAAGAGAUUAGAAAUCAAGGGUGUUGUGGAUCAUGUUGGGCAGUCUCUGCAGCGGAAGUCAUAUCUGAUCGCAUAUGUAUCGCAUCGAAGGGUAAACAACAAGUAGAGGUCUCUGCGGUAGAUAUCCUAACUUGUAGUGGAGCCGGAAAUUGUAGUUAUGGUUAUCCUAGCGGUGCGUUUGACUAUUAUGUACAGUCAGGUGUGAUCAGCGGGGGUGAAGUGGGUAGUCAUAAGGGUUGUCAGCCCUACACCAUAAUAGGUGACCACCCGUGCGCUUCGACCGUACCGACCCCUAAGUGUCAGAAGUCGUGUAUCACGGGCUAUAACCGUACGUACACUCAGGACAAGAAUUUUGGUAGUAAAUCCUAUGGCGUUGAUCUUAAGGAUGUCCAGAAAGAGAUUAUGACAAAUGGACCUGUGGCAGCUGGAUUCACUGUCUAUGAAGACUUUUACGCAUACAAAUCGGGUGUCUAUCAGCACGUGACCGGAAAGCAAAAUGGAGGUCACGGGGUCAAGCUUAUGGGCUGGGGUGUGGAUAAUGGUGUGAAAUACUGGUUGGUGGCUAACUCGUGGGGCACCGUGUUUGGUGAGCAAGGGUAUUUUAAAAUUAAACGCGGCAAUAACGAGUGCGGAUUUGAGGGUGGGUCAUGUUGGGCAUUCUCUGCAGCCGAGGUCAUAUCCGACCGCAUAUGCAUUGCAUCCGGAAACAGGCAACAGGUAGAGGUCUCUGCCGAAGAUGUCUUAACCUGCAGUGGCGCCGGUAGUUGCCAGGGUGGUUGGCCUAGUGCUGUGUUUGACUACUAUAUCAAAUCAGGUGUAAUCACCGGAGGUCUAGUGAACAGUCAUGAGGGUUGUCAGCCCUACACCAUAAUCGGUGACCACCCGUGCGCGUCGUACGUACCGACCCCUAAGUGUCAAAAGUCGUGUAUCGCGGGCUAUAACCGUACGUACACUCAGGACAAACACUUUGGUAGUAAAGCAUAUGGCGUAAGCCUUAAAGAUGUUCAGAAAGAGCUCAUGACAAAUGGACCUGUGUCAGCUAUGUUUACAGUAUACAACGACUUUUUCUCAUACAAAACCGGUGUCUAUCAGCACGUGACCGGUGAGGCAAAAGGACUGCACGCCGUCAAGCUUAUGGGUUGGGGUGUGGAUAAUGGUGUGAAAUACUGGUUGGUGGCUAACUCGUGGGGCACCGUGUUUGGUGACCAUGGUUAUUUCAAAAUUAAACGAGGCAAUGACGAGUGCGGAUUUGAGGGUGCGGUGGACCUAGCUCAUGGUGCUAAUGUUAACCGUAUCGUUGAUUACAUUAACAAUUUGGACACAACAUGGAAAGCUGGAUACAACUUUGAAAGUGAUUUCAAACCUAAAUUAGGACUAAUACCUGGAUAUAAACCACUCGCACCUACUUCAGAGGUAACUUAUGAUAUUUUUGAUGAGGACAUACCCGAGUCAUUUGAUCCCCGGCAACAAUGGACCGAUUGUUACACCGUUAAAGAGGUUAGAGAUCAGGGAUGUUGUGGUUCGUGUUGGGCAUUUUCGACUGCAGAGGUUAUAUCCGAUCGCAUUUGUGUUGCCUCGAAGGGUAAACAACAGGUAGAGGUCUCUGCCGAAGAUGUACUAACCUGUGGUGGGGCGGGUGAUUGCAAUGGGGGUUCACCUCGCGCUGUGUUUAGCUAUUAUAUCAAGUCGGGUGUGAUCAGUGGUGGACUGGUAGGCAGUCAUAAAGGGUGUCAGCCAUACACUAUUGCCCAUACCAGCCCGUGCCCUAUCGACAUACCUACCCCUAAAUGCGAGCGAUCUUGUAUUGAAGGUUAUAACCGUACGUACACUCAGGAUAAACACUUUGGUAGUAAAUCCUAUGGUGUAAGUGUUAAGGAUGUCCAGAAAGAACUCAUGACUAAUGGACCUGUGUCAGCCACAUUUAUUGUGUACAACGACUUUUACUCAUACAAAACCGGUGUCUACCAGCACGUGACCGGUGGUAUAGAGGGACUACAUGCUGUAAAACUUAUGGGUUGGGGCGUGGAAAAUGGGGUCGACUACUGGUUGGUGGCUAACUCGUGGGGUACCGUAUUUGGGCAGCAAGGUUAUUUUAAAAUUAAACGCGGCAAUAAUGAAUGUGGGUUUGAGUAUGGUUUCGAUGCCGUAACCCCUAAGUUAUAGAUAUUGAUUAAAUAAAUUUUAUAAAUCUAUAUUAGUUAUAAGAAAAUAAAUAAGCCAAAAAU